GCAACUGAGGUCUGAGCUCGGCUUGGCUUUAGUUGAGUCGGUGCGGAUGAAAGCAGACGAGUCGAGGAGAGAGCAGUCAUCAUAAACUACAGCGUGUUUGCUCACUUCCGAGGAGUUUUAAUCGAAGAUGCAACUAUCAGUAGUUUAUAUUUUAGACACGUUUACAUGUUGUUUUUGUUAAAUUAAAGUUUAGCGAGAGGAGCGGUUUUAUUGUGAUAUCAGCUCAGCUGCAGGUAAAAGCGGCUGUAGGUAACUUACAGCAAAAACCGAAUUUACGUUUAUAACAGCCGUUAUGAUUCCUGAGCGUCCCGAGCCCAGGAGCAGUAUCCGGUGUGAAUCCGGUCCGAACCGCUCCGGUUUGCUGCGCGAGAUCCGGACCGACAUCAGGAGCGAGCCGUUCACCGAGCGCUAUGACGUCAUCCCCGGCAAAGAGCUGGGCAGAGGAAAGUUUGCUGUGGUGAGGAAGUGUGUGGAGAAGAGCUCAGGGAAAACCUAUGCAGCGAAGUACAUGAGGAAGAGGAGGAAGGGUCAGGACUGCCGGACGGAGAUCCUCCACGAGAUCGCGGUGCUGGAGCUGGCAGCGCUCUGUCCACGAGUGGUCAAUCUCCACCAGGUCUACGAGACGGCCAGCGAGAUGGUGCUCGUCCUGGAGUACGCUGCCGGAGGAGAGAUCUUUACCCAGUGUGUGGCAGACCGUGACGAGGCCUUCAGUGAGCGAGACGUGAAGAGACUGAUGAAGCAGAUCCUGGAGGGAGUCUCCUUCCUUCACAGGAACAACGUGGUGCAUCUGGACCUCAAACCUCAGAAUAUCCUCCUGACCAGCGAGUGUCCUGUCGGGGAUAUAAAGGUGGUGGACUUCGGCCUGUCCAGGCUGGUCAGCAGCGGUCAGGAGCUCAGGGAGAUCAUGGGCACACCGGAGUAUGUGGCACCAGAAAUCCUGAAUUAUGAGCCAAUAAGCACAGCGACUGACAUGUGGAGCAUCGGUGUCCUGGCGUACGUGAUGCUGACGGGGAUCUCUCCGUUCCUGGGGGACAACAAGCAGGAGACCUUCCUCAACAUCUCUCAGAUCAACAUCAGCUACAGUGAAGAGGAGCUGCAGCGUCUGGACGGAGACGCCAUCGGCUUCAUCAAGAGCCUGCUCAUCAAAGAGCCGGAGAGCCGAGCCACGGCUGAAGACUGUCUCAGACACCGCUGGCUCCAGACGGACGAGAGCCCUGAUGAAGAUGAAGAUGAGGAGGAGCUGAUCGUGAUGGCCUCCUACACCCUCGGUGGGUGCCGUCAGUCCUCUGAGACAGACGGCCUGACCCCGGAUCAGAAGGCCAUCUCCAAACGCUUCAAGUUUGAGGAGCCGUUCUGCGCCCUGCAGGAGGUCCCAGGAGAGUUCAUCUACUGAUGUCUGCUCAGGAUGUGCUCUCGUCUCUGUGUGCUGCUGUGUUUUCAUGCUUCUGUUACUGAAGCCUUGCUGUGGUUCUCUCGCAUUUCUCUCUUUGUUUUAGUUUUUUUUGGUGCCUUGCUUAAAUAUCUGAUAAGGGUCAAAACUUUUUGUUUUCUUCUUUGCCAUGUUUGUACAAAAUUAAAGUUGUUUGUUUUUUUUCUUCGAUAUUGAGGGAAAGAAGAAUUAAAUGUAAAUUAAUCCGUUUUAUUUUUAGUAUCUCCGAGUCUUGAUUAAAAAAAGCCAUGUGUGUGUUGAUCUUGAGAGCGGCCGCUCCGGUCAACACGUGUUUAUGAAGAACUGUGUCUGUCUUUCUGUGUGUUCAGCUCAUGUUAGAGAUAUAACUGUAUAUUGAUUUGUCACUGUAAAGAAUAUUUUUAAUGGCAACACAUUUCAAAGUGACCGUCUUGAUGCUGUAAAUAAAAGUUUGUCUUAACUGUU